AUGGCGACCGAGCUUACCGUCCAGAGCGAGCGCGCUUUCCAGAAGCAGCCUCACAUCAACCUCGUCUCCAAGUCGAAGAACAACCGCGUCGGCAAGGGUGGCAGGAGAUGGUACAAGGACGUCGGCCUGGGCUUCAGGACGCCCAAGACCGCCAUUGAGGGCUCCUACAUCGACAAGAAGUGCCCCUUCACCGGUCUCAUCUCCAUCCGUGGCCGUAUCCUCACCGGCACCGUCGUCUCCACCAAGAUGCACCGUACCCUGAUCAUCCGCCGCGAGUACCUCCACUUCAUCCCCAAGUACUCUCGUUACGAGAAGAGGCACAAGAACCUGGCUGCCCACGUCUCCCCCGCUUUCCGUGUUGAGGAGGGUGACCAGGUCACCGUUGGCCAGUGCAGGCCUCUCAGCAAGACUGUCCGCUUCAACGUCCUCCGCGUGCUUCCCCGCACUGGCAAGGCCGUCAAGAAGUUCAACAAGUUCUAA